AUGGCUGCGAAAACUGCCCAAAUGCCAGAAGCAUUUAAUAUGUCAACAGCAGCUAAUAACAAUGCCAGUCUGCAAAUUUCUCUUCCUCAAAUGCUCGAUCUUGCUCUCGGAGCACCAGAAAUUGGCGCGGUUAAUUUUAAUAUUCUUCAUCAUUUUCUCCAUAUCUUGUUGCAACAAAUAAAUUUGCAGGCUGCCACAGUUGAAUUUCAUGGUGAAAACGCAGAUCGUAUUAAAAGGAUGAUAACAUCUGCGACGACGAAACCAGAAGUAAUACAUCGAGUUCGAAGAGACGAUGGUGAAGACGCUGAUGUACUUACAGAAGAUAUUCAAGUGCCUACAGAAAUAGUUUUUAAAGUGACGGAAGAUGUAAAACCACAAAUAGAUUUUGAAGAAGUCCCUGAAGCUCAGAUGGUUGUAUCUGUCGUAAAUAAUUCUACUCUAACGGUAUCACGGUUUAAAGAGCUCGAACAAUCUGUAAAACAGUUGCAAGAUCGGUAUCAAGUUUUGGAAGACUUGUCUACGUCUCCGGAAAUCGAACGUUUAAAAGAUCGAAUCGCAGAUCCUGCCGCGGAUAUAUGGCAAUUUAUUAACAUCAAUAAAAGAUUGGACGCUAAUGAACAAGGUAUCGAUAAGCUUACAGCGAUGGUAGAUGUGAUCAAAGGUGAUACUGGCAUAGUAACAGCAGAUACAUCUUUGAUUAAUACAAGAUUGGAUGAACUCGAAGAUAAGGUCUUCAAGAUGGAGCAAUGGCUUACCAAUUUGCAAGCAGUUAUCGAUAUGUUAACCGAAGAUGUAGCCGCGGCAACUGCUGAUAUAAUAGCAAAAGAAAAAGAAGCAAUAGAAGCAAAAGAAGAAGAAGAAAAAAUAGAAGCAGAAGCAAUAGAAAUCAAAGAUGUUGUGAAACCAGAAAAUGAAAAAGAAGAAAUUGGGGAAGAAGUACCUAAAAUUCGUAGAGUAACACCUGAAAAGCUCGCUGUUCAAGUAGGACUUAUGAAUGGUAAUGCUAUAGAAGAAAUACGCCAAGAUGUUACUGCAUUAAAAACGGACAUAGCUCAUAUACAACAGGAACUGCAAGAUCUUAAUGAAAGAGUUCAACAAAUAAUCGAAGUUACUGAUGUUACAAACAUGGAGCAAUGCUUGGAAGCUGUGAAAACUGUAGAAACAGUCCACGGCGAAGCCUUGAACGAUGUUACCCAACGCAUAAUUGUAUUGGAAUCAGAAUUUGGACAUUUGUUAGAAAAACUAAAUAGUAUACAAGAGACUGAAAAGACAGAUAUCGCUGAGAUUAACAAUCUUAUUACAAAAAUGCAAAAAAUUGAAACGGAUAUGGAGGACAUUGGAGAAACAAUGAGCAAAUUAUUCGAAGAUAAAGAAAAAAAAGAAGCGGAUAUUAAUACAUUACUGGAACAAAUUGAAAUUUUAAAAACCGUUAAAGCAAAUAAAGAGGAGAUCGAAGAUGCUUUGGCUGACAAAGCGGAUACUAAAACUGUGAAUAGAAAGGUAUCGCACGAUCAAUUUGAUGCUGCUUGCGAUGAUCUCGCUCGUGGUCUCGAGGAAGCAAUCGACAAAUUGACAAAGCAAGAAUCGAUUUGGCAACAAGCGCUCGAUGAAGUGCAGAAUGAAAUUGCGACCAAGAUGGAUAAAGUCGAGAUGACGUCACUGAAAGAUUUUGUGGAUGACAAAUUAAAAUCGCUUCAAGAAAAAUUGAAGAUUAUGAUUGAAGCAAGACGAGAAAUAGAGGCUGCAGGAACGAAGAAGCUGCUUAAAGAUGUUCAAUGUAUAUCGUGCGACAAGGAUGUUGUAAUGAAGACAGAAGAGGUCGAUAGAUUUCGACAAGAGCCAUUUCCUUGCACUAUCAGCAUGAAACCCUAUCUCACAUAUGAGUUGGAUCAAGUUAGAAAACAACAGAAAAGAUUGCCUUACAGCAGAAAUCUGAUCCAAUUUGAGGCAGCAGUGCAAGAGGAGGCAAAGAAGAUGAAAACAAAGGAGGAGACGCUUGCGAAGAGUCCCAGAGAUCAUCUCUGUAAUCGAUACUGCGGUGGGAGUCACACAGUCACGACUCCUCAGCAAAGAAUCAUGCGGUCGGGUCAUUUUCUUUCUCAAUGGGGACCCGAGACGAUACAAUUGACGGACGGUUUGAUAAAAGGAAAAGACGGUCAAAUGUAUCGCAGUCGGCCCAUAUCGGGUAAAAUGGAUAUUUGCGGUCCAAGUUGUUGGGAAGGUCAAUUUAUCGAGGAAACUGAUCUCUCGGUGAAUGUCAACUAUUCAUCAUAA